AUGGCUGAGGAUCAACCACGGAGGUUGAUUCAAGGAAAUUUGUUUCAUGGUUUUCCGAAUGAAGACCCUUACGCACACCUUGCUACUUAUAUAGAAAUUUGCAACACAGUAAAAAUUGCAUGUGUGCCGGAAGAUGCAGUGAGGCUUAGCUUGUUCUCAUUUUCGUUGGCUGGAGAAGCCAAGAGGUGGAUGCACUCGUUUAAGGGAAACCGUUUCAAGACUUGGGAAGAGGUUGUAGAAAAGUUUUUGAAGAAGUACUUUCUUGAGUCCAAGACAGCUGAAGGCAAGGCAGCUAUCUCUUCAUUCCAUCAAUUUCCAGAUGAAUCCCUAAGUGAAGCGCUUGAGAGAUUUCGUACCUUGCUGCGGAAGACACCAACUCAUGGAUUAUCCAAGCCGAUUCAGCUGAACAUUUUUAUAGAUGGUUUGAGACCACAGUCCAAGCAGUUAUCAAAUGCUUCUGCUGGAGGAAAAAUUAAGUUGAAGACUACUGAAGAAGAAAUGGAACUUAUUGAAAAUAUGCCUGCUAGUGAUCAUGAUAUUUUGCGUGAUCGGACUCAUGUACCUACAAAGAGAAGCAUGCCGGAGCUUUCUUCACAAGAUGCACUGUUGGUGCAGAACAAGCUGCUAGCUAAGCAGCUAGAAUCAUUGACGGAGACACUUAGUAAGCUGCCAACCCAAUUACAAGCGACUCAACCUUCACAUUCAGUAGUUAUGCAGGUUGGAGGUUGUAGCAUAUGUGGAGGAGUACAUGAGUCUAGUUGCUGUAUAACCCUUGAUGAUGCUGCAAAAGAAGUGAAUUAUAUGGGAAAUCAACACAGACCAGGGUUUAAUGCAGGUGGAUUUGCAGGUUACCAGCAAGAUGCCAAUUUUAAUCAAAAUCAAGGGCAGUGGAGGUCUCAUCCUGGAAACCAGUUCAACAAAGAACAAGGAGGACCAUCCAGUAGGCCUCAGAAUCAAUGGCCUAGCCUUUAUGAAAGGACUACCAAGUUGGAGGAGACUUUGGCUCAAUUCAUGCAAGUUUCAAUGUCCAAUCACAAGAGCACAGAGUCUGCUAUAAAGAACCUGGAGAUUCAAGUAGGACAACUAGCUAAGCAGAUAGCUAAAUAUUCUUCUAGAGGUUUUGGGGCCAAUACUAAAAAAAAUACCAAAGAAGAAUGUAAGGUUUUCAUAACUAGAAGCAAGAAGGUAACCAUGGUAGAAGAUGAAGGGAGGAAUAAUGAAAAGCAGGAGUUAGUAGCUAAAGAAGAAAAAGAAAAAGAAUAA